GUUGGGUUUCUUCACUCAUAAGAAAUCUGUUGUUGCAUCGUUUCUUCAUAUGUUCAAGACUUUUAUUUUCAUCUCAUUAUUGGCUUUGUCAACUGAUUUUACAGAAGCUAACUAGAGAGGAGAAAUGAUGGAGAAGACUACAGCGAAAACUGAAGAAGAAGUUGCUGGUAGAAGCUUAUUAGACUUGGUGUUCUCUUGGUCUAUCACGGAUGUACUUAACAGAGAUCUUUACAAAAAUCAGGUGAAGAAGAUACCAGAGACAUUCACGUCAACGUCACAUUACAUGAAGUCAUUCAUUCCUGCUCUAAUCGAGGAAACUCGUGCAGAUUUGUGCUCAAACAUGAUGAAGGUCUCCCAAGCACCUACAAGGGAGAUCUUUUCAAUUGAAAGAUCAAAAGAGUAUAAACCUCCCAAAGACGUAUUUUAUAAGAUAUGGUUGAAUAGAAUGAGUAAAACUGGAAAUGGGAAAGGAAUAUACGAGCCCGAGGUUGGACAUCUCAUUGCUUUGACAGAUGCAAGGCCGAAAGACAUUGCUGAUUUGAACAGUCCUGGGAUAAACUAUCUUCUUGCUUAUGUUCAUGAGGUAUCUAAUGGGCUGGAUGAUGACAAUAAUCAUGAAACGUUAUCAAUUCUCACAUCCAAACCCAUUCAAUUUGAACUAGAAAACAAGCAGAAUAAAAGGGAGUCUGUCAUUGCUGGACAAGAGAUUCAAAAGAAAAGCAGAGCCACUGUCUUCGUUGUUUACCUAGCAAACAUGACGACGAAUGCCCGCAUAUGGAGAUCAUUGAACUCAGAUCUGCAAGGAGGGAACACGAACGUUAUCCAGAAUGUGCUUGAAACUAGUUCACCUGAUAGCCAAGAUUGUUCUCACUGCUUAUCUGAAGUGAAUAGAAGUGCUGCACUUUCUGGUAUGGAAGAAACCAUAAUCAGCUCUUCUUAUUUAAAUGACUCACAGGAAGAUGCAAUUGUAAGCUGCAUUGGUCUGAGUGAAUGCCAGCAUCAAAGCACUGUCAAACUAAUUUGGGGUCCUCCAGGGACUGGAAAGACAAAGACAGUUGGUUUAUUACUGUUUUCUCUACUUAAACUGAAGUGCAGGACACUUACAUGUGCUCCAACCAAUAUUGCUGUGUUGCAAGUGACAUCGGGACUCCUAAAGCUAGUUACAGACUCUCUUGAAUAUGACACCUAUGGACUUGGAGAUAUAGUUCUCUUUGGGAAUGGGGAGCGAAUGAAGAUUUCUGAGAAUGAUGAUCUCGAAGAUAUAUUUCUUGACCAUCGGGUUGAAGUGCUUUAUCAUUGCUUUGCCCCGUCAACCGGGUGGAAGCACACUGUAGAUUCAAUGAUAAAUUUGCUUGAAGAUCCUGGGCAUCAGUACCGCAGGUACUUGGAAAACAUGAAAAAAGAGAACGAGGGAGGGGAUCGGCAUGAUGGAAUGAUUGAAUUUCAAGAGAUGAACAGCAACAAAGAGAAGGAUGAAGUGGUCGGUGAUCAAAACCAGAAGGGCAGGAACAGCAGGAAAGUUCUGAAGAAAAUUCUUUUACAGGCAUUGAAAGACAACAAGAAAACUGAAAAAAAGAAACAGAAGGUUUCUUAUCAUCAAGAUAAGCUUCCAAGGUGUUUGGGAAAGGGAGAUCAAUAUGGAAAGGAAAACAAGGAAGAUAAUAUUCUCCCGUUCGAGGAAUUUGUAAAGAAAAGGUUCAAAAUCCUUAGUGAGAAGCUGGACUUUUUAAUUGUAGGUUUGUAUACGCAUUUGCCAACGUCUGUCAUUUCAUUAGAAGUUGUGAAGAACAUGAUAAAAGCUCUUGAUUCACUCAGCGGCCUCAAAACAUUGUUGAAUGGUGUUAGCAUAGGAGAUGGAGGUUUAGAGCUAGACAUCAAUGAUUUUGAAAACGAAGAAAGCAGUGCCUGUCAAUAUUCAAGAUUGGCCACUAAAAGAAAGGAUUGCAUUCAGAUACUGAAUUCACUUCCUCGAUCAUUUGACGUGCCCAAUAUUUUUGAAAGGUAUCAAGUGAGAAACUUUUGCUUGGAAAAUGCAUGUCUGAUUUUCUGUACCGCUUCAAGCUCUGCCAUGUUGCACACAGAAGGAAUGAAACCGAUAAAAUUGUUGGUUGUUGAUGAAGCUGCGCAGCUUAAAGAAUGUGAAUCCACCAUUCCAUUGCAGCUUUCUGGUCUUCGCCAUGCCGUUCUUAUAGGUGACGAGCGCCAACUUCCUGCCAUGGUUCAGAGUCAGAUUUCCGAGAAAGCUGAAUUCGGGAGGAGCUUGUUCGAGAGAUUGGUCAUACUGGGACACGAGAAACACCUACUGAAUAUGCAGUACAGGAUGCAUCCAUCUAUAAGCCUAUUCCCAAAUAAAGAGUUCUAUGGUGGGCUAAUUCAGGAUGCUUCAACUGUCAAAGAAAGAAACUAUCAGAAACAAUUUCUUCAAGGCAAUAUGUAUGGGCCUUACUCAUUUAUUAAUGUAGCCAGUGGGAAAGAAGAAUUCAAUAACGGUGGCAGCAAGAAAAAUUUGGUGGAGGUUGCUGUAGUUUCAGAGCUAGUUGCAAGCCUUUUUAAAGAAUUUACAAGGGCAAGAAAGAGGAUGAGCGUAGGAGUCAUAUCACCGUACAACGCUCAAGUUUAUGCAAUUCAAGAAAAAAUUGGAAAGACUUACAGUGCACAUAGUGAUUUUGCAGUAAAUAUUCGGUCUGUCGAUGGAUUUCAAGGAGGCGAGGAGGAUGUUAUAAUUAUCUCUACUGUCAGAUGUAAUGCAAAUGGAAAAAUAGGUUUCCUUGCCGAUCGCCAAAGGGUGAACGUGGCAUUGACCCGUGCAAGGCACUGCCUCUGGAUAUUGGGAAAUGGAGCAACUCUUGUCAACAGCGAUUCUAUUUGGAAGAAAUUAGUUACUGAUGCCAAGGAACGGGGGUGUUUCUAUAAUGUCGAAGAGGAUAAAGGCUUGUGUAAGGCUAUUACGGAUGCCUUAUUAGAAUCGGACCAACUUGAUGCUCUGCUGAAUGUGAAUUCUCCACUGUUCAGAAAUGCAAGAUGGAAGUUUUGCUUCAGUAACGAUUUUCGGAAAUCCAUUCUGAAAGUGAGAAAUGAGGCUCGUCAGGAAGUGUUUUCUUUGUUGUCAAAGCUUUCGAGUGGCUGGCGGGAAUCUCCUGAAGAGAGAAUCAUCGUUGUCCGACAUGGAACUUCUUCUGAACUGUUAGAACAUUACAGAGUCAAUGAUCAGCUUCAUCUGAUUUGGACAGUGGAUAUAAUCAAGGAAAACUCAAACCACACACAAAUUCUCAAGGUGUGGGAUGUUUUACCAUUACCUGAUAUACCAAAACUAGCAAGGCAUCUCGAUGAUGUCUUUGGGAAUUAUACAGUUGAUAAGAUGAAUCGCUGCAAGCACAAAUGUAUAGAAGGGAAUUUGGUUGUUCCAAUGAGAUGGCCACUGUAUUUCGAUGGUGCUGCCGAGCGUAGGAUCCCUGAAAUUGAUCCUGUAGAACUUCUGUCGCAACCUUCGGCUUCACUUAUGGCGCGGACACCAAAAGCGAAGACACCAAAUCCACAACCCAGAUUACCCAAGUAUACGAAGAAAGACAACAAAAAAUAUCGCAGCACAUCACUUUUUGGAUGGGAUAAUGAACCCAUAUGGGUCUAUUUCAUCAUUUUUAUUUUGAUUAUUUUGAUUAUUUAUGUUAUUCAAUUUUAAUUGAUGGAUUAAACCUAAUAAUUAAAUGUUUUAAGAUUAUAUUAUUUA